CCGCUCUCAGGUUUCUCUCUGUUCGUACCAAAUUCGUACUAAAUAGUUCAAUACGCCCGAUGUAAAUGCUAUCGGAUUAACUUGUUUCUCUAAUCAAAAUGUCUUGCCGAAAAGGUAUGAAUUGGAGAGAAGAUGAAACGAGAACUUUUUUGAAAUUAUGUCUGGAAAAACAAAUUAUUGUUUUAAUAGACGGAAAAAAACAUAAACAUAUAGAUAUUUUCAAUUCACUAGUUGAAGAUAUGAAAAAAAGAGGCUUUUUUAAAACGGCUCAACAGAUGAAAUUAAAAUUAAAAAAUUUAAAGCUUGCUUACUUUAAAUGUAAAAGAGAAAAUAAUUUAAGCGGUGCAGCAAAAACAACUUGUCCCUUUUAUGAACAAUUAGAUAUUUUGUACAGUACUCGGNCAAACGUACAAGUUCUUCAUGAUACAUCAGGAAUCGAUACUGCAAAUAUUCAAAAUGAAUCAUCGUGUGAAUAUACAGAAAAUUGUUCAACUACAAAUGAAUAUACAGACGAUUGUUCAACUAUAAAUGAUAGUGAAGAAGAAAGCGAAUCUAGUUCUAUNAGUAAUGAGCCUCCUAAAAAGAAGAAACGUGGACUGAACAAACUUUCAGGUAGAAAAAGCUACGAAACUAUUCUAGAUAACUAUACAGAGAAAAUGGUACAAUCACAAAAACAACUUUUAACAGAUAUUAUUAUAAAACAAAAUGACAUGCAAAAAGAGAUGUUAAAAGUUGAAAUGGAAAACCAAAGAUUAUGGGAGAAAGAAAUAAUAGAGAAGGAGCAUGCAUUUCAAAAAGAACAGAUGCAAUCUUUUGUGCAAGCGAUGCAAGCAAUAGGUUCUCAGGCCUUGCCAUUAAAUUAUGGGUUACCACAAAAUUUUUUAAUGCCUCAAAAUCAUGGAAUGUCAAACUAUAAACUGCCAAAAAAUGUAAAAAUUGUUCCGAUGAAACAAGGAAAUAUCAGGGAGUCAAGCCGAGAAAAUAUACCAACGGCGUCAAUAUCUACAUCUUCUACUGUUACUCAAAAAAACAAAAACGAUACCCAGCAAACAUCACGUGUCAGCACGCCGUGAAAAGCAUGCCAUGUGAAUAUUAUGUUCGUACAGUGCUGUUCAGUGAUGACACAUACUGGCCGCUCUCAGGCUUCUCUCUGGCUUCAGCAUUGAGAUCUUGUUUAUGCGAGCAAUAACCGUUAACUUAUUAUUAUACACAUUCGGCAAUUUUGUAAACAAAAAUAUUGAAAUCGUAUAGCUUAUCGGUUUUGAUAUAAGAUAACGGUUAUUACCCGCAUAAACAAGGCUAUACUGUGUUGUGAAAAAGGUGCAUUUUGCAAUUUGUGCUCGGCAAGUUGGAUAUAUAAUUAUAUUGGAUUUAUAAAUUGGUGUGCAUCAGUUUUAUAGUCGAACAAAAGACGAGGCUACACUGUAUUAUACAAAGGAAGCUGUAUGUGCAUUUCUGCAAUUCUGUGCUCAGCAAUUUGGAUAUAAGAAUAUAAUAUAAUUAAACAUAAUAUA